AUGGCGUCGGCAAUCGGUCGUCCCAUAAAAGUGGACAUCAACACUUUGAAUGUUGAGAGAGGCAAAUUCGCAAGAGUUUGUGUCGAAGUGGACUUAACGGUACCAGUUGUUGGAAAAAUUUGGGUGAAUGGACACUGGUACAAAGUUCAAUAUGAAGGUCUACGCUUAAUCUGCACUAAUUGCGGUUGUUAUGGCCACCUUGGCCGGAAGUGCCCCCUCUCCAACACCGUGCCGGAAGUUGCGGCGAAUCAACACCGAGAAAGUCAACCUGUCAACAAUUCUCGGUCAACUCAUCAACACUUAAAUCGGAAUCAGCAAGAUUUAAAUGUUAUUUCUCAAAAUGGCAUUGAAUUAAAUGCAGGCGCGGAAGAAAAGGAAACAGAAAAGGAGCAAAUCACAAAUAAUAAGGAUGAAUCAUCAAAGCUGCAUGGUGAUUGGUUGUUAGUGACUAGGCGAAAAAAGAAAUCUCAUCAACCCACCACAGAAAACUCAAAAUCUGUUACACAUACAACAAAUAAUUUUAAUGUGUUGUCUCCCCUGGCCCACCAAAAGAAAUCCAAAGCAAUAAAUCAGAAAUUACCACCUAGACCAAAAGGAAGUGAAAUCGCGCGCCCCAAUAAAAGUAGCACAGAUCCCAAACGACGACGUCAUGAUGACCAAAAUCAUGUGCCAAUUAUUUUCCCUUCCAAUCAUGAGCCAAUCAUUAAAAGUGACCCCACCACUCAUAAAAGCUUAUCACAUGAUCUUCACAAAAGCUUACCAUCCCCCCCAUGCAAAACAAACGUGACCCCACCCCCCAUUUUGACUCAUGUGACCUCCCCAAAUGACCAUAAUACCCCUGACAUGGAAAAAAAUCACAACUUUGACCCUAGUUACAUAUUUCAGCUUGUUCCUCAUACAAAUAACGACCAAAAAGAUGUCCACCUUGCCCAUGCGAAACCGAAUUAUGACAAUGGAGAUGAUAAAUUUGAAAAUUGUGAAAUUAUUAGUGAAACUCCCAAGCACAAUGAGGAGGAUAUGGUCACUUAG